AUGUGUUGCGAAUUUAAAGUAUACGAAGGCGUUAUUUUUGUUGAACUGUUUUACAAAGAAAAAUGUUUCCGAAUCCUGCCGACUUAUAUCAACUGCAAUCAAUGGAAUACAGAUUUUGAACAACUAGAAGGUGUAAUAACUCGAGGUAAAACAUCUAACUUGCUGGUGGUGGGUGAUAUGAAUGCGAGGACAGGAAGACAAGCGGGAAAUGAAAAUGAGAUCCUGGGAAUUGAACGAAAUUCGAAGGACAUUAUUGUUAAUGCAAGAGGACUGAAGCUUAUUGAACUAUGCGAUACAUACGGUUUAAGAAUUCAAAAUGAAACUAGCUUAUCGGAUACGAACGGAGAAUUUACUUUUGUUGGAGGACAAGGUAGCUCGGUGAUUGAUUAUAGUUUGGUAGGUAGUGAAUGGAAUGAACUGAUUGUUGAUUUGGAAAUCCAUAAUGUACCUUACUCUGACCACUUUCCAAUCGCCGUAAAAUUUAAACUUAAUACCAGAGAAGCAAAGGAAUCGAGAAUUAUGAAUAUCUUACCGAAAAUAAAAUGGAAAUCGAAACACAAGUCAGAGUAUCAAUUAAGAUUAAAUAAUGCACUGAUAUGCCAAAGAACUUACGAUUUACCUCAGAUAGAAGAGAUAAUCAAAGUAUCUUACUACACAGUUAACACCAACACUCAGCGAAACUCUUCGGCACCAUGGUAUGAUGCCGACUGUAAAAAAUACAGAAAAUUAUCGUUUGGCUGGUUAAGAGCGUAUAGGACCUCAAAUGAGGACUAUUUCAGACACCAGUAUUUAAUGGCUAAUAAGGCGUACAAAGAAAUAUAUUUUUGGAACUUGGCAAGACAGCUGAAUGGCAAACGGUUUUCAAUUCAAAAGAACUUGAGUCCAAACCUUCUGGCAGCUCACUUUGAGAAACUGUUGAAUCCAGUACAUGAGACACCUUCGGUGGAAUACGCUAUACCAGCCUAUGAAUGUGGUGUUCUUGAUGCUACAAUUAGUUACCAAGAAGUAAUAUCAGCUGUAACGAAGCUUAAAGAUGGAAAAGCUGCAGGUUCGAAUGGCAUAUCAGCUGAAUUUUAUAAGUAUGGGACACCAGAACUACUCACAAGGCUAACUUUUAUAUUUAACAAUAUCAUGGAUACCGGGACUAUACCAAAUGAAUUCAAAGAAUCGAUUAUUUUUCGGGUUCACAAGAAAGGAAACAUGGCCGAACCAGCUAAUUACAGAGGUCUAUCGUUCCUAAAUGCUUCAUACAAGAUAUUUACACUAAUACUACAGAAACGAUUCAACGAAUGGAUUGAUAGCGACAAACUACUGCACGAGUACCAGGCAGGAUUUAGAAGUGGAUAUUCAACGAUCGAUCAUAUUUUUACCCUUAGAUGUAUGGCUGAAACAUUCCUUCGCAAGAAAAAGAAGCUAUAUGCCUUCUUCGUCGAUUUUAGAGCUGCUUUCGAUAUGAUCGAUAGAAAUGCUCUAUUUUAUAAGCUAUAUAGUAAAGGUAUGUCAUGCAAGUUUGGAAGAGUCAUACAGAAUCUCUACGACGACACAACAAGUAAAGUAUGGAAUGGUGAAGCGCUUUCGGAAGAAUUCAAAACACAAUCGGGAGUCAGGCAAGGUUGUACAUUGAGCCCAAGCAUGUUCGCCAUGUUCAUUGAUGAUCUGGUUGACAUUCUGCCAUGUGGAGUAGAGUGCCAUGUGGAGUAA